AUAGUUUGGACUUUUGUGUAUGUCCUGAUUGUGAUCUUAAACAUUAUUGUUUUUAUAGAAUCACUGGCGGACUAAUGAUUAUUUUGAUUGGUGGAGCUGCUCGAUAUGUAGAAGUGCACCCUAAAGAUAAUGAAUAUUGGUUUGGUCUCAUUCCUCUCGAUUCAAGGGUGUUCCGGAUUCCUUUGCUCUUUCACUUACAGAUCCUUUUGGUUGGUUUAUCAUCUUUUAUGGUCUGGUUGUCAACGUCCCAUAGAGUGGAAAAGCAAGAGUUGCACGGACUUCACCAGUUGAUUAAUUGGUCCAUUGCUGGUUUUGCAAUGGUCCUUCCUCUUUUUUCAGCGCCUGCUCUCUUGCCUCGGCUUACUUCCAUAUUCCUUGGUUUUGCACCUCCAUUCUUGCUAUUGUCAAUUGGAUAUGAAGCUCUUUUUUAUGGUGCUCUUGCUCUUGCACUUAUGGGCUGGAUAUUAUUUGAGAAUGCUAAUCUUUACAUACUCAAGGGGAAACUGUCACCAAAUGCACUUGAAGUAAUGGAGGAUAGCAUGUAUCUUCCAGAGUUUGAUAGAUAUCUGGAGUUAUCCGAUAUAAGAAUCCCACUAGUCUUUAUGGCCUUUUUCAAUGUUGCAUUUUUUGGAACGGGUAACUUUGCAAGCAUUGCGAGUUUUGAGAUAUCUUCUAUCUAUCGGUUCAUCACAAUUUUCAGUCCGUUUUUGAUGGCCGCACUCCUAAUUUUCAAAUUGCUCAUACCCUUCAUACUUGUGAUAUGUGCAUUUAGUGCAAUAACUAAGUUGAUCCGUGUUCCACUAGUGGGAUGCUAUUUUCUCGUAAUUUUGUGCUCUGAUGUAAUGACGAUCCAUUUCUUCUUCUUGGUACGAAAUACAGGAAGCUGGAUGGAAAUUGGCAACAGCAUUAGUCAUUUUGGAAUUAUGAGUGCUCAGGUUGUGUUUGUGUUGUUGCUCUUUGUUCUCACAAGCAUAUAUACGAAAGACGUACGGACGAAACCAGCUCGUCGAGUUUUGCAGAAAGAAAUGUGAUUCAAAUACAUUCCUUAUCAUUCUCGUGUUUUAGAAUUAUUGACUCUAUUACAAUGUACGUAAUAGUAUCUAUUCGUACGUCUUCUCAACCUACUAAAACACAGAGAAUCAUUGUUGUUGGGUUC